AGAUGGCGGAUGAGGUGGACCAGCAACAAACCACAAAUACCGUAGAGGAGCCCCUCGAUCUCAUCAGGCUCAGUCUAGAUGAGCGAAUCUAUGUUAAAAUGAGGAAUGACAGAGAGCUCAGAGGCAGACUGCAUGCAUAUGAUCAGCAUCUAAAUAUGAUUUUGGGGGACGUGGAAGAAACUGUAACAACAAUAGAGAUUGAUGAAGAAACAUAUGAAGAGAUUUAUAAAUCUACCAAAAGGAAUAUUCCGAUGCUCUUUGUCAGAGGUGACGGCGUUGUGCUUGUAGCUCCCCCAUUGAGGGUUGGCUGAAACUACAAAGGAUUUAACCUUGUUGGAAGGUUUCAGGCUUUUGGACAAUGGUUCCUGUUUCAAUCACGCAUCUCAAAAUUCUAUGUACAUUUUUUUAUAGAAUUUUCUGUCAUUUUGGGAAGGGGAGGGAAGGGUAGGGGAGCCAACUUGUUCUACUGAAAGUACAUGUAAUCAGUUGAAGUGGUGUAAAACAACCUAGUUUUCCCAGAAUUAAUGUAACUGCUGUAAGGCAGCUGUCUGUCACAUCAGUAAAAGAAUCUUUCAGUUUUGCAGUCUUGGCAAUAGCAGUGUCUUUUUUGUUGUUGUUUUAAAUAAACUUGGUUUAUCUUUCAGUUUUGACUUGUCCUGUUUUUGUGUUGAAGAGAUUAUGUACUUUCAUAGAACCGCUACAUUAAGUUGUGGUACUCAAGUCUUGCUUUUUGAGAAAGUAGUAAUAUUUUUGUGUGUGGUGUUAAUCUUUACCCUUACUAAUAUUUGAGUCUUGCAGGUUGUGGCCUUUUUAGGAGCAGUUCUGUAUCGAACUACAGUGUUAUAAUUUUUGGUUAUGUAUCUAAGUCCUGUAUGCAUAUUCUGAUAGUAUUUUUAUAUAGUUGUAUCUAUAUGUAUCUUCCACUUAAGAUACUUAAAGAUUUUUUUUUAAAAUAAAUUGUUAGAUGAUUUUUUGUGGCUCUGUUAGCAGACGAGUGGUAAGAAAUGCUGUAAACAGAGAAUGCAGAUGUUUGUGUUGUUCGUUGCAUUUGAUACUGUAGCUGAUUUUGACUCUUGAAUACAUUGAAUUCUUAAGGAGCACAGCUAAUGAGCAGUCUUAUCUCUGCUAAAGGUACUGUAGAAGCCUGAACAAAACCAGUCUUAAUGUACAGUUUCUCAGGCUUAUGCUGCUUGCAGUUUUUCCCCUAUUUGAGAAGAAGAUUUGAAUAAACUUGUGGUGUGGAAUACUUUAGUCUAUCUUGCAAACCUGUAAUUAAAGAUGUAGAUUCAUCUACAUGUCUAAUACGAUCUUAACACAAAGCUUAAAUUUUAUUUAGCUUUUUAGGCAUGCUCUGUCUGGUUACCAAAAGCAGCUCUUGUGGCACCUUCUCCUGCAGUAAAACCUUCCUGUCUUGGAAUAUCCGUUGCUUGUGACAAAGGUGAAGAAUACAAGUUAUACCAUAGAAAGCCCCAAGC